GAGGCUGGUCCUGCAUGAAGAUUUUAUUUUGAAGAGCUUGAUAAGUGGUCUUUAAUCUUCAGGAAGAGCUUUGUGAAGGCAGUGGUCUGUAUGGUUUGGCCACCAUGUCUGGAAUUGGCAAUAAACGGGCAGCUGGAGAGCCUGGCCCUUCCGCACCCCCAGAGAAGAAGGCAGGGCUUGAAGACUCGGGGACCACAGUGGAGACCAUUAAGCUUGGUGGCAUUUCCUCAACGGAGGAGAUGGACAUCCGGACCCUUCAGACCAAGAACCGGAAACUAGCGGAGAUGCUGGACCAGAGACAAGCCAUUGAAGAUGAGCUGCGUGAGCACAUUGAAAAGCUGGAGCGUCGGCAGGCCACUGAUGAUGCCUCUCUGCUGAUUAUCAACAGAUACUGGAAUCAGUUUGAUGAGAACAUACGCAUCAUCCUUAAACGCUUCGACCCGGACCAAAGUCUUGGAGACCUUUUGACUGAAAGAAAAGCACUGGUGGUACCAGAACCUGAACCAGACUCGGACAGUAAUCAGGAGCGCAAAGAUGAGAGGGAACGAGGUGAAGGACUGGAGCCAGCAUUCUCCUUCUUAGCCACUCUAGCCAGCAGCACGAGUGAGGAGAUAGAAUCUCAGCUGCAGGAGCGUGUAGAGUCUUCCCGCCGUGCUGUUGCCCAGAUUGUGACAAUGUAUGACAAGCUGCAGGAGAAAGUAGAUGUGCUGUCCCACAAGGUGAACAGUGGAGAUAUUUCUCUGAUGGAAGAAGCAGUCCUGGAGCUCAAUACCUACCUCUCGCAUGAGAAUGGACGGCUGCAGGAGCUGGCUGAUGUUCUUCAGGAGAAGCACCGAAUCAUGUCUCAGGAGUUCUCCAAGCUGCAGGAGAGAGUGGAGACAGCAGAAUCUCGAGUGUCUGUUCUGGAGACUAUGAUCGAUGACCUUCAGUGGGAUAUUGACAAGAUACGCAAGAGGGAGCAGAGGCUCAACCGACACUUAGCGGACGUUCUUGAACGAGUAAAUUCCAAAGGCUACAAGGUCUAUGGAGCUGGGAGUAGCCUCUAUGGAGGCACAAUCACCAUUAAUGCCCGCAAGUUUGAGGAGAUGAAUGCAGAGCUGGAAGAAAAUAAAGAGCUUGCUGGGAAUCGCCUCAAUGAGCUGGAGGAACUACGCCGGGAUCUUGCAGAAGUAACAGCGCAGAAUGAAAAACUCAAGGUUGAGCUGCGACGAGCAGUGGAAGAGGCUGUGAAAGAGACCCCAGAAUAUCGCUGCAUGCAGUCCCAGUUUUCUGUUCUGUAUAAUGAGAGCCUGCAGCUGAAGGCACAUCUUGAUGAGGCCCGCACUCUGCUUCAUGGCACCCGUACCACACACCAGCGCCAAGUGGAACUAAUUGAGAGGGACGAGGUCAGUCUUCACAAGAAACUACGCACGGAGGUGAUUCAGCUGGAGGACACCCUUGCACAAGUACGCAAAGAGUACGAGAUGCUGAGGAUAGAGUUUGAGCAGACACUUGCUGCCAACGAACAAGCAGGCCCAAUUAAUCGGGAGAUGCGUCAUCUCAUCAGCAGCCUCCAGAAUCACAACCACCAGCUGAAGGGAGAGGUGUUAAGAUACAAGCGCAAACUGAGAGAGGCCCAGUCUGAUUUGAGCAAGAUCCGCUCUCGCAGUGGUAGUGCUGUCUUACAAUCUCAGUCCAGCACUGAAGACACAAAGGAGGAGCCUCCAGAGAUCAAGCAGGAAGCUGAUGAUCCUUCUGCCCAAGUGUCUGUCCCCAAGGCUGCUUCUGAAGAUGUUAAUGAAAUGAAGGCUAGGCGAGAUGAGGAGGAACGGGAGCGAGAGAGACGGGAGAGGGAGAGGGAAAGAGAAAAGGAAAAGGAGAAAGAGAGAGAGCGAGAGAAAGAGAAAGAAAAGGAAAAAGAGCGAGAGCGGGAAAAGCAGAAGCAGAAAGAAUCUGAGAAGGAGAGGGAGUCUAAAGAGAAGGAGAAAGGGAAGCAUGAAGAUGGAAGAAAGAAGGAGGCUGAAGUGAUCAAGCAACUGAAGGCUGAGCUCAAGAAGGCCCAGGAGAGCCAGAAAGAGAUGAAGCUGUUGCUGGAUAUGUACCGCUCUGCCCCCAAAGAACAGAGAGACAAAGUACAGCUAAUGGCAGCUGAGAAGAAGGCAAAAGCUGAGCUGGAAGAACUGAGGCAGAGGGUGAAAGAACUGGAAGACAAAGAGAAAAAGGAGAGUAAAAAAAUGGCUGAUGAGGAUGCCCUGCGCAAGAUCCGAGCAGUGGAAGAACAAAUUGAGUAUUUGCAGAAGAAACUAGCCAUGGCUAAGCAGGAGGAGGAGGCCCUGCUGUCAGAAAUGGAUGUCACAGGACAAGCCUUUGAAGACAUGCAGGAACAGAACAUCCGCCUGAUGCAGCAGCUGCGGGAGAAGGAUGAUGCUAAUUUCAAGCUGAUGUCAGAGCGUAUCAAGUCCAACCAGAUCCACAAGCUGUUGAAAGAAGAGAAGGAAGAGUUGGCAGACCAAGUUUUGACACUGAAGACACAGGUGGAUGCCCAGCUGCAGGUUGUACGUAAGCUGGAGGAGAAGGAACACUUGCUGCAAAGCAGUAUUGGGACAGGCGAGAAGGAGCUGGGUCUCCGAACACAGGCCCUGGAAAUGAACAAACGCAAGGCCAUGGAUGCAGCACAGCUUGCAGAUGACCUGAAAGCCCAGCUAGAGCUGGCUCAGAAGAAGUUACAUGACUUCCAGGAGGAGAUUGUGGAAAACAGAGUUACUAGAGAGAAAGAGAUGUUCAACUUCAAAAGAGCUGAGGAAGAUAUUUCGAGGUUACGCAGGAAGCUGGAGACCACUAAGAAACCUGACAUGGUUCCCAACUGUGAUGAGAUACUGAUGGAGGAAAUCAAGGAUUACAAGGCCCGUCUGACCUGCCCUUGCUGUAACAUGCGGAAGAAGGACGCGGUGCUCACCAAGUGCUUCCACGUCUUCUGCUUCGAGUGCGUGAAGACGCGCUACGACACCCGGCAGCGCAAGUGCCCCAAGUGCAACGCAGCCUUCGGCGCCAACGACUUCCACAGGAUCUACAUCGGCUGAGUCCUUCCGCUGCAGCCAUGGAAGGUUACUGCUUACGCUGACCACCCGGCCCCCCUCACCUGUGUGGCUGUCACUUUUGGGGUUAGUCAGUGCUUCUGUAAGCUGAUCUUCAGUCUCUUCUGGAAUUGUGGUUAGGAUGCAAAAGAGAAUCUGGGUUCUUGGUUCCUUUCUUGUCCUUUUUCCUUUACUCUUUCACUCAGCUUUUGUGGAUUCUUUGUGCCCGAGAGGACGUUUCCCGUCUGUCACUUUAACACUAUUGAGUUGGGACCAUCUAGCUGAAGUCCUACCUUGAUGGGAUGGAAGCUGUCAGUGGUACAGCAGAGGUAAAUGAGGAGUUGGGUUUGGGUGGUGCUUACUAAAUCCCAUCAAGGUAGGGUAGUGUUUCUGAGAGUGAAUAGUUUCCCAACUAAAGAGCCAAAGACUUCAGUGGAGUGACUCUCUUAGACAUGUAUUUUCCUGAGGCAGGGCAAGAAUCUGUGAAGGCUGGUGCAUUAAUAAACAUCUUCCUUACCCUCAAAAGCAAAGGCACAUCUUAGUAUCCGGAAGAGGAGAAAAAGAAGGUGUUGAGGAAUCUUUGGAAACAACAUUCCACUAAUGAGCCCUGGUUGAUGUGGACAACUUCCCCUAGGUUGAGGCAUUGCUGUCAUUGUCCUUAGUUUCCAAACAAGAAUUUUAGGAGUUACUGUGUUGCAGCUUUGCCACAAAGACAGAUCUUGCAAUGCAGGAAUCUAAUAAAAGCUGUUAUUUGGGUUAUUUUUCUGUUUUUUUUUCCUUGCCUCUGGUAGCAUCUAGCUGUGCUCCUUCCUUAUUGGAAACAUUUUUCACAAUCUUUAAGCUUCUGAAGUAGAGAGAUUAAUGCCUUCCUUACUCUGCAUUCAAAACUUACUUAAGUAAAACAAGCUCUGUCCUGUUGGCUGCAUCUUCACUAUCUUAUUCCUGACACAACAGAAGGCCCAAGAUGCUGGAUUAUUUAUGCUGUCAUUUUGUUUUAGCUGCAGGGAACUUUGUGAAAGGACAUGGCAUAGGUUACAGUCCCUAUGCUCCCUAUAGUGCAAGGUAGUACUUGAAGUCUGCUCCUAAAAUAAAAGUGCAAAGUCAUUUAAUUACAGCAUUCUUGCAAGGUGCCAGUUGUCAGAGGUUUGUCUCAUCUGUAUUACCUUCCUGUAUUCACUGUAGGAAGUAACAGAAACAAUAGUAGACUGUCUUAUAGUAUGCAUUGUCUUUCUGAAAGCAUUCAGAUAAAGGAAUUAAACCUUGUAGACCUUACUAUGAAUCCUGAAAAGUGAGAAGAAAUCUGUGAUCCCACCUUUGCAAGGGCAAGCUGGGAUGCUAAGAGUUUGUGGUGUGACUUCAGUUACAAUGUGUGUGCAAGAUACUAAAGCAGAACCCCCUUUGCUUUCACUGGACAUUGCUCUUGGGAUUAGAGUUUAUGAUGUCAAGUUGGACAAGGAGUGGUAUGUUAGGAAUACUAACGCUGAGUGUAGAUUUUGUGAUACAAAUCCUUGUUCAUUAAAACCAGAAGAUGGGUCACCAGCAACUAUUGUCUUCAUCUUCAAACAGCUUUACUCUUAAUAGAAGACUUCCUUUUACAGUUGUGAGCUGCAAC